AAGAAAAAGAAGAAGAAGAAGAAGGAACAGCUGAGUCAAGAUGGCGUCGAGGGUGGCCAGGAGCGGUGUUCGUCAGGUCAAACCCAUCCUGUCUGUGGACCACGGCGAGGCCAGGCAACGCGUCCUCAACCUGUACAAAGCAUGGUACAGACAGCUGCCCUACAUAGUGAUGGACUAUGACCUGCCCAAGUCCAAGGAGGAGUGCCGGGCCAAGCUGCGCGAGGAGUUCAUGAAGCACCGCAACGUACAGGACAUCCGCGUCAUCGACAUGCUGGUCAUCAAGGGCCAGAUGGAGCUGAAGGAGACGGUGGAGAUCUGGAAGCAGAAACACGGGCUCAUGUCUUACUGGAAGGACACGGUUGAUCCACGGCCGCAAGGAUUCCUCAACAAGUUCCUGGAUGGCCACGACUAGAGUGUUGGGUCACCUCAAGACACCACCACCACUGCCACUGUCACCAACACCACUCGCUCUCUCCCCGUGGUGCUGCUGUGAGAGAGAUCGUCCAUGGUUUUGUCUGGAAGGUGGAACACACACACACACACACACACACAAGCUCAUGUUUCUGUGGUAUUUUCCUUUCAAGCCAUUUGUUAUAUAUUUCUAUCAUUGAUCAUUAAUUAUUACCAUUAUUAUUAUUGAGAGGUUGCAGUAGUAUAUUAAAACCACAACACCGAUACUAAGAGCUACUAUGUACAGCGGUAAAUACUUACUCAUUAAGCUCGUGAAAGUUAAUGCACUGUGGCAAGGAAGAAAAUAAUGUAAUAGACCUCAGGUAGUGGAACUUAAAGGCGGACUAGACUUACAAUUAUUUUUAUUAUUAUUAUUAUUAUUGUUAUUUAUAUAUGCUGCAAUCUCUGGUUCAACUCCGACCUCUUCAUGCAUCCAGCCAGUCAAAAGGGUUCUAGGUCUUGGCUCGACAGUCAGCUCCUAUACCAUCAAUUAUAUAAGAGUUCUAGGCCAUAGCUCAUCAACCAGCACCUCUAACCAUCAAUUUCUGCCUUUGUAGCAACAGGAGGCUUUAGCACUUCCAUAUCUCCUAUUUCUAGUGCUGAAAUAGUACUGCAUUUCAACAGCAGAAGGAGAACUAGGCUUUUCUUAUAGCACUGCACUGUCUUGGGUUGCUAGUGCUGGAAUAUCAAUGAAUUUCAACAGCAGAAGGAGAAUUAGGACUCUAUAGCAAUGUUCUGUUCCAAUUUCUAGUGCUGUGAUAUCAGUUAAUUUCAACAGCAGAAGGAGAAUUAGAGUUCACCUAUACCACUGCAGUGUCUCCAAUCUCUAGUGGUGUGACUAAUGAAUUUCAACAGCAGAAGAAGAAUCAGGACUCUCUUAUAGUGCUGCGCUGUUUCCAAUUUCUAGUGCCAUAAUAUUAAUGAAUUUCAACACCAGGAGAAGUUAUGGUUAAGGCUUUCGUAUAACUUAAGUCUCGGAGUUGUUCAAGUCUUCGUCCCACCACCUGAGGUUUAUUUAUUUGUCGAUAUACCUGUUGUACAUAAGUCUUUCCCCCUUGUAGAAAUGUUUUUAUUAAAGUUAAUGAUGGUU